UCCAAACUGUGGAAACUUCUUCCCACAGCACAACCAUGGCCCAAGCUCUUGGGUGGCUGCUGCUGCUAUUCUUCUGUUGCUCUGCUCAUAGUUUUCUCUGGAGACGGACUCGUGGUGCCCAUCAGACCAAAGGGAUGCACCCAACUCGUUCCUUCCUGCAAAAGUUGGACCAUUUUAGCAAAAAUUCUUCACAGCUAUGGCCACAGAGAUAUUUCAUUAAUGAUGCCUUCUACAAACCUGGAGGGCCAGUAUUUCUGAACAUUGGAGGGUCAGAGACUGUCUGUGAAUACUGGAUAUCAACGCAUACUACCUGGGUUCCAUAUGCUGAGAGAUUGGGCGCCCUCUUCAUACUUCUGGAACACAGGUUUUACGGACACAGCCAACCAACAGGAGAUCUGAGUACUGCCAGCCUCCGCUACCUCAGCAGCAGGCAAGCCUUGGCUGACAUUGUGAACUUCCGAAUUAAAAUAGCAGAAAAGAUGGGACUCACCAAAAAUAAAUGGGUUGCAUUUGGCUGCUCUUACGGUGGCUCCCUUGCAGUGUGGUCGAGAAUAAAACACCCUGACCUGUUUGCUGCAGCAGUGGGCAGCAGUGCACCGAUCCAAGCAAAAGCUAAUUUUUAUGAGUACCUUGAAGUUGUUCAAAGAUCUCUAACCACUCAUAACAACAAAUGUUUUCAGGCAGUGAAAGAGGCUUUUGAUGAAAUUACAAAGAUGCUGAGACUUCGAAAAUACUAUAGUAAGCUUGAAUAUGAUUUCAGAUUAUGUAAACCUCUUAAACUUUACUCAGCAAUGGACAAAGCCUAUCUUGUAGAACAUUUGAUCAUUCCUGUUGAGAUCGCUGUUCAGCUUAAUAGGAAUGAAAAGAACGAUAAGGGAGAAAAGGUUUCAUUCAGCAUGGAUGAAAUUUGUGACAUGAUGGCUAACACCUCACUGGGUUCACCAUACUAUAGAUAUGUUGGAAUUAUACAUUUCAUAUUCAAGACUAAACAUUUGCCUUGCUUUGCUGCACAUUACAGAAAGAAACUGGAAUUCCUCUUGGACUCUUCCUUCAACCACCACAAUCCUACAAAAGGCAGGCAAUUCUUCUAUCAGUCUUGCACUGAAUUUGGGUUCUUUCAGACCACGGAUUCAAAGAACCAGCCCUUCACUGGGUUGCCUCUCCGUUAUUUUCUUCAACAAUGUUCUGAUUUCUUUGGCCCUAAGUUCAAUAAUGAUUCACUGAACACGGGUAUUAUGUCCACCAAUGCGUACUAUGGUGGCUUCAACGUGACGGGAAGUAAAAUCAUCUUUCCCAAUGGUUCGUUUGAUCCUUGGCAUGUUUUGGGAAUCACAAAGGAUAUCAAUAAAGAUUUGCCUGCUGUCUUCAUUAAAGGUGCAGGACAUUGUGCAGACAUGUUCAAACAAGAUAUUGAUUCACCUGAACUACUUGAAGCACGAGAAAAAAUCUUCCAGAUUCUACAACAAUGGCUAAAGCAAUAGAUUUCUCUGAAAAAUAAAUACAACAGAACCUGAAA